CUUUCGUUCAAAACACUUUCUGGUUUAUUUGUGUUGUGCCGCGCGAGAGUUUCCCCGAGCUGCUGUCUGCAGUCUGUCCAUCUGCAAUUAUUUCCAGGCGCCGCAUCUGUUUUAGGCAGUGAUUGCAGAUAACAUUGUGAUUGUUGAUACAAUUAUCACCCUCUCCAUCACUCGCCGCGUUCCAUAAUCGUGUUCGUGUUCCAUCGACGCUACGUGGAAUCUUUGAUCAAAGUAGGCGAUCCGAGUUUUUCUCCCGUUUACCACCAGCGGUACUGUGAAGCGGUACAAGCAAAAUGCCCGCAACGGUGGAGAACGUGUCAGGAGAUGGUGAUAAACAUAGCAGUGAUACGACGGCCGUUGUAUUCCACCGUGAUCAUGUCUUCAGCGCUGGCGGAGAUGGAAAAGUGAAGGUAUGGAGUAAAGAUGUACGGUUGUUAAAAGAGCUUACUCCCCACGAGGGCUAUAUUUAUGCCGUGGCAAUCGACUCGAAAGGACAGCUAUAUACUAGCAGUAGUGAUGGAACGAUCAAAUGCCUUACGAACCCGGCCGGCAGCGAUGAAUGCAAGGAGCUGCUGAAAUGCAACGAUGAGAUCGAAUGUUUGUUUGUCGACCUGAAGGACAAUUUGUACAGUGGCGAUGAUAAGGGCAUCAUAACGAUGUGGAUCGAUCAGCGCAUUAAGUAUAAGUUUAACGUUGUCGAGCAGGUGCGCUCGAUGGCCAUCCAAAACAACAUAAUCUACUCGAUCCGGGAUAACGAUCUGACGGUGACGGAAAUCAUCGAGGGGUCUGCUUCCGGUCGCUUCAUGACGAAAGCGUCCAUCCCCGGAAGAUGCCCGGUACGGCUUUGUGGAGGUUGCACCGAGGAAGGCGUGUACAGCAAUGUCGCAAUAUUGACGCGUGAUGGGUUGGGUAUUGCUAUGAUUAAGAAUAGCAAAAAGGAGCAGUAUCCUGUUAUAUGGACCAAAGAGAAAGCGCAUAGCAUGAUCAUUAACGCGAUGGUUGCUAAGGAUGAGUAUCUGUACACAGCAGGCUAUGACGGUAUCAUCAAACAGUGGUCUGAGCUGGAUGCGAAGGAACCGAAAUUGAAUGGUGAAGUUGCUCUUGGUGCCGUCUGCAUCAAUUCCCUCGCCAUUGGAGCCGACAAAAUGCAGGUGUAUGCCGGAUGCAGUGAUGGUACUGUCCAGUUGGUUAAAUUUGUCUAGCUCUCCCUGUCGUGCGACAUUUCGUGUGAAAAAUCAAGUACUAGCAAAUGAAUACCACUGUGCCAUUGGGAUACGAGCGUAGUCAAGCUGUUUGGGUAAAUGCUUGCCUAUAGAUUACUACUACUGCUACCACUACUUCUACUACUACUGCUACUCGACCUACUAACGAGCGCAAGUAACUACUAUGGCUACCGUCGUCGUCGCCAGUCACACACGUCACGACGAUUGCAACACAAAGAUGGGCCGCGCUGAGGAAAAGUGCUUGUGGUUUUAUAUUAAUUUAUCAUACAUCUAUGGGAGCCAAAGGAUUCAAUAGCGCGUACUUUUAAUAGGUCCGCAACUAGGUUACGUCCGUUUUUGUUUGCAUUUUUAUAUUUUGCGUUAUUUAAGCUGCAACGUUGUGUCAAUCAAAAUUUUUGCUAUCAUGUUAUAGGCACAUUUCGGAUUGCUUGUUUAAUGAACGCUUCUCUCCUUUGGAGGAACAAUACAGAAAUGAAGACACUUUUGUGCAUCCUUCGUGUGACCAAAACUGGCAUGUCCCUUCGCACGGGUCAGAUGGUAAUCUAUAUCGAUUCCUCAAGAAUGUGGCCAUUUGAAUAGAAUGGCUUGGUAUUGCAGGUCACUUCUAGCGUAGAACCUUGCAUCUUUUGCGUGCGUCGGAAAUGUUUUGCAUUCAGCAAUGUGUCCAGUUCAGUGUCCUGGAACGAUUUUGAUCAUCCUCAGUCGCCGUUUUUGAAGCGUGCAAACUAUUCCCAAAACCCGUCAGUGAUCAUUACAUUACUCGAGCCUAUUAUCCACCAGAGCAAACACUUAAAAACGUGCGUAAUGUAGAAGCGGACCUUGUAGUAGCGAAUGGUACCAAAGCUGAAAUGGUUUGCGGUGGAUAUGAAUGUGAAAUAAAUGCUAAACUGAAUAAUGCCAUUUUUUUAAAUGA